ACCAAUCUUCAGUUUUCGGUCGGUCGCCUUAGUGUUGAGACGUAAUUUACGCAUUUAUGAAUGGUAUCUACCUAACUACCUAGUGGAAUUGGAGGAGUACUCCGGGUAUAAAUAACAUAUAAUGGAUGAUGGAUACAAAAGCAGAGAAGAACAGAAUCAUUAAAUUUGAUCACAAAGUGGUUUUUUGAAUAGUUGAAGUUUACUGGAAAUCCUUUGAAUGUACGCUGAAGGUGUGGAAAGUCAAAAUAGUAGUAUCGCAGAAGCGGUGUGUGUAAACAUAAAAUCGAUAUUUUCGGAUCCCUUAGCUGCUGGGAAGUGUGUGCAAAUUAAGGCAAAGCAGAGUGAGGAAGCCAGAAAGGAUUGGAUCUAUGGAUUUUUGCGUGCAAAUCUAGAUAUGGUGGUAUGAUACCACUGUAUUGGUCUCCGGAUUGGAAUAGCUACCUACCUUUCGGAAUCGAGAAACUAAUAAAGCGAAAAAGGAGGAAUUUCAUAACAUAGAUGCGCGCUUCUUCCAUGCUCUAGGAGAGGCUAUAGUGUUGUGUAGUUGGAUGACGAUAAUACACAUUUAGUGUAUAGCACUUUCUGGAAAUAAGAAGCAGAACAAGCUUUGCAUCAGUGUGUCGUACAAGUGUUUGAAAUUUAAAUUGAUAGAAAUAGUCUACAGAAGUGGUCUAAUUUGUGUAUUGUAUAUAUAAAUAAACAUAGCAGGAAAAAUUGAGAUAAGCAACUAGCCUGGCAAAAAUUGUAUUUAGUGUUUGUGCAGAUCAUAGUCACCGGGUGUUUGCGUUUACCUUUUCGUCUGGCUUGCUGUGUGUAAAAGAAGAAAUCAUAUUCAUGGAUAAAUUCUGAGCAGCGGCGGCCUACUGCCAUUGGGGAUAAAAAUGAAAAGCAAAGCAACAGCGCUCUAGCUCCACCGCAUCGAUGAAAUGAUUCAUAUGUAAAAGAAGAAAACCGACCAGGAAAAAAAAAAGUUUUCGUGUGUUUGGGGAAGAAUCGCUAUUUAUGGUAUUCGUACAUGCAAGCGCACUUGUCAGGAAAUAAGCGAAUAAUAAUUAGAGAAGGAAGGAAUUCAAAUUAGGUAAUACUACCACCACCUCCAGUGAAUGUGCAAAGUGUGACCCACAGUGGGCAACAAUGAUAAUUAGUAAGAAGCACCGAAAAAAGUGAUUCUUUGAUGCGAUAUAGGAAAAGUUCAAAUAGCAAACAAAACACCACCGCGCUUCCUCCAAAUGAGCCAACAUUGUCGUGUGCGCUGCGCUGCCAAACAUCGCCGCCACCAAAUCCUCGGGUAGAAUAAUUCCAAAUGGUCAAACAUUUUUAUGGCGCUGUUAUUAUUUCGAUUCUACCUUGUGUUUGCGAUAGGAUUACUCUUGCUGAAUGGAUUCGCAGUACUAUCAGUGUCUGCCUUCGUUAACGAAGCUGGUCCUGACCGGCUUCGGCUCACGGUGUCCCCGCCGGCACACGUGAUUAUAACGGCAACCAAGAACACGCCUGUCUAUCUGCCAUGUCACGCCGAAGCCGAUGUCCACCCAAACGAUUGGGGUGUCGACUCGGACAUGGACGUGGACCAGGAUAUGGACGAGAUCGAGUACGAGAACAAUGCCAACGAAGAGGUGGACAUCCUCAAUCCACCAAACCUUGAACGCCAAGGAUUCUACGAAGACUCACUUGAUCUCCACAAUCUUGCCCACGAUAAUAUCGACACCAACGGUCAUGGCAACGAUCUGGAUGAGGAAGAGGACGAAGAAUACGACGAGGACGAGCAGUCGAGCCGGUAUCGACGAUCGCCCUACGGACGCGAUGAGCUGAUCGAGUACGUUUGGUACAGGAAUGGGUUGGAGUUUUUCAGUACGGCCUUCCAAAAUCAGAACCACAAACAAACGCACAAAGGAUUUCGUCUGUUCCCCAACGGGACCCUCAAGAUACCAUACAAUCGACAGAUGAGCAACAUUUCGGCCGGAGUCUAUCGCUGCAGGGCAAACUUGACGCGCCACGGAAGUGGAUCAAUUCUUUCAACGGAAAGUGUGGUGACGAUAGCGUAUUUGGAACGAAACAACUUACUGAUUUCCGAGAACAACACCAUAAUAGCCACUACCCAGAAGCCAUUAGUGCUUCACUGUCCAUUCGACAGCCAUCCGCCGGCAAACAUCACCUGGAUAGUGAACAAAACUCAAAUAGUCAUCAACAACUACGCAACCGGACCCCAUGAGAACAGAUAUUAUCAGUUGCAAAACGGAAGCUUACUGGUCACUGAUAUACGCAUGUCAGACGCUGGUCGUUAUCGAUGCAAUGCUUCAAAUAGCUUUUCCGCGAAAACCCUCCGCAGCUAUGGAUACGUCGUCGCAGUACAACAGCCAUCCACCUCUAGCUCUUCAAAUCGAUUGCUUUCAAGGAUGCAGCCGCAAAACAUAAGCAUUCGGGCAGGUUCCACCCUCAAACUGAAUUGUGCCGGCGAGAGCAAUCGUCCUCGAUGGACGUUUACUCCACGGCAAAGUAAAAUACCAAUAAAUCUAGUUAACUUUACGUACCAAUUGCUCUUCACCAACGUAUCUGUCGAAAAGCACGAAGGAAUCUACAAUUGCUCUCUCGGUACCGAUUCUCAGCUGUACAACGUAAUGGUGCUGGUACCGCCGAUGUUCCUCAACAAUAUGACCUCAUACACAUCCUCGGUAGUUGCUUCUAUGUCUUUCAACUGCAGUGUUAGUGGGAAUCCUCCUCCAAAGAUCACAUGGUUCAAAAAUGGACGGGAAAUCAAGAAUAGCUACAUUGUUCAUUACAACUAUCCAAUUUUAAGGAUCAAUACCAUAGAUCCGGAAGACGAAGGACUGUAUCAGUGCAUUGCCAAAAAUGAAGCAGGUGAAGCGAGCGUUUCAAUGUACCUCUCGAUAAGAGACAAAGACCGGUACCGUCGCCUGUCCCGUCGACCUGAAAACAUCCAAUGUUUUCCUAUCGAUACCUCUAGUUUGUACGUGCGCUUCGAGCGUGGUAUGCAGCACGUCAAUACGGACUACGCCAUGUACUAUCUUGCAUCGGGCAAUCCGCACAGUUGGUUCAGUUCACCGCCGACGCAAUUGCUGACGAACAACAGUUUGAAGAUCACCGGGCCAAUGGUAGUUCCAUUCCGAAACUAUACCGUAUAUCUGCGCACGUGUUCGGUGACCAGUGUUCCGGAUGCGGAGAACACUGGACCCGCCGGGAAGAAGCAGGUCAUUCCAUCGAAGCUUUCGAAAGGAGUGCAGUGCACUUCACAAGGAGUUCCGGUAUUGUCCAUAUUUUUCUCCAAUGGAAUUUUUAUUUGGUGGCCACGGUUUACUGGCGUAGAGCCAACUGCCUACACUAUCCAGCUGAAGCACAACGACACAACUACUCUCCCGUUCGACGCCCAGCAAAUCAACGGAACCACUCAGAUAUUGGACGAUUACAUUACCCACGAAGAAGUGUUGCCACUUUUGACGAAAAUUGACAUCAGUGUCAAGCAGACUCGCGAAAAUGUUCUAGAGGAAUCGACGGGAAAGAAACGACGCAAACGUCGCCGGAGAGCCUUCGAUAUGGUGGGACGGGAUAGGAAGCAAAUUUUCGAAUCGCUAACCGGAACCCAGAUGGAUUUGGAAAUGGCCGGGGCAAACGUUGGCAUCGCCGGGCAUCACGACAAGCACGAGACAAAGUACCGUCAGGUGCUGAUCACCGCAAUGAAGGUUUCCGGUAACGUGACUGGUGUGUUCAUUCCGAACACGAACAGUCUCAACGUGCGAAUUUUGGGAUCAGUGACGGCGGAUGGAGAACCACUGCAGCAAGACUUGCAUUACAUUCAAUGGAAAACGAUUGAUUCAUCCAUUCGGCGACCUGAUGCUGUCAACCGGUUCCAAACCAACCACGUCGAUGCUCGCAGUGUACAGUUCACGUGGAGCCGCUUCAUUGCAACGGAUUUGGCCAAUAAGUGUCUCACGUUGUGCUACAAGAACGUCAAUCAUGAUGUUUUCAUACGAGGGGGCUCCAACCGGAUUAACUGUGUGAACAUACCAAAGGACGCGACGCACUACAAUCUGGUGGGGCUACUGCCAUUUACCUCGUACAAAGCGUUCCUGAAGCCCUGCCACUCCAAGGAACCUAUCAGCGAUGUUUUGGACUUUCUAACUAAACAAGAUGUUCCUGGCCCAGUAACUAAUCAUGCUUUAGUGCGUAAAAGUGGUAUUACACUAACGUGGGGUCCACCGGAAAAUAGAAACGGACUCCUUCAAGGAUAUAUGAUCCAGUGGAUCGACAAGGAUAACGUGAACCAUUCGUUGAAUCUCACAAUCGAUACAAAUCACUUUACAUUUCCGAAUGUAUCGACCGAUGACAAAAUCAACAUUUCUAUAAUGGCAAUUGGCAGCACAGGAAUAGGCAUACCGAUCUACGUUAAAAUGCUCAAUCACGUCGUAGACGUAGUUGAGCCUGAGCCCGAGGAAUAUAUUCCGUGGAUUGAGAUUGGCAUUGGUGCAUUUACGAUCAUAUGUCUUCUGCUGUUCUGUUGCCUUCUGGCGAUCCAUCGUAAAAAUUGCAAAAAAGCCCAUCGGAAUCAAGCGACAACCACUACAAGUGCACCACUGCAGAUGCAUUCAGCCAAUUGCAAUGCAGACAUUCACGAAAUGCAAACCCUCAUCGGAACCUCGGAGCAACUACCAGUAUUAAUACCCAACGGCAAAUACAAACAACCCGAACCUCAGAUACCCAUCAAUCAUCAGCAGUCUGUGAAUACUUUUGGAAGCGUUCGAUUAUCUCACGCCAACACGAGCCCUUCCAACAACAAUCCUGAAACUCAAAACGGAAAAUCUCACCUCUUACCCCCAAACAAAAACGGACUUUUACAAAAGGCAACCACUUCUUCCUCAACCAAUACCGGUCUACUUCCACUCCAACCGUUAUCCUCACAAAUCAUGAACAUCGACGUACCGAUUAGUUCUUUUUUGAAAUCGAACAGCAUUAGCGGAAAACAGGACGUUGAACCGGAUCGGACUCUCAACGCCAGGAAUUUUUGUAGUAGAAUCAUUAGUAGCUAUCACUGUGACGAUGAGCAACAUGCUCCGACGUCAAACUAUUAUAACAUGGGUGGUAGAGGCACACAGUACACGACCUUUAAUACGGGUGAACCAAAUCAAUUGCAACCGAUACAUUCCUAUAGACCUGCUACAGCCACUGCUACCACUCUCGCUACUGUUGCACCUACCAUAAUAGCCAUUAACGCUGUUCCAACUACCGCGGAACAUGUGCCAAGUUCUGCAGCUACCUCGACAUCUCUUUCGUCUGCCUCGAACUUUUCAACCACUUCGGCCGGAUCGAACGGUUCCUCAGCGAUGUCCUCUUCCUGUUCCGUACAUUCUCAGCAGCAGCCACAGCAUCAUCAAGAACAGCAAACGCAACAUCGGACGGUCAAAUACGGCAGCAGUAAUGAUUCUGCGAUGGGCAACGGUGUCGAUCUCGCUGUAGCUGUACGGAUUACGGAGAAUCCACAGUAUUUGAAGAACAAACCGACACCGGUAGGAUACCUCUCUCCAGCAGCCGUACUGAACACUUCGCUCUUCGAUAGUAGCCAACGUAGAUUAUUAGAUUUAACCAUAGAUAGUAAUAGUAUAGAACCGUACGACGAUGAUGUAACUAACUGUGAUCAAAACGACGAUGCUAACCAAUCAAAUACCUCUACCAAUAACCUCCCGAGUACCGACUGCUCUCCCCAAACGCACCAGCAGCAACAGCAGCUAUCCGUACAUAUGCGGUUAGCACCCGCGUCCGGAAGCAACCUGGACGAAGCGGAAUGCAACAACAACGAACAACAGCAGCGAACAGCAGCAGGCUUCCAUAGUGACUGCCUUCGGUUAUCACCUCUUCACCGACAGCAAUUGCUCAAUUCCAGUAGUAACCACAACCAGUGCGAGAUCGUCGAUGCCGACGAAGAGGACGACCUGGACCAUCUGGAAGACUUGAACAACUCUUCUUCCCUGCUGAAUGAGAGCAGUAUCAGCACGAAGCCCCUUCAUCAACAGCAUACCUCCAGUUGGAACUUCCGGCGACCCAUUGUCGGACCGAACGGUUAGUUACCCUACAGCGGAAGUCGUCGGCCAGGCCGAGAUCCAGAUCAUCAACAACAUCAUCAUCAUCAUCGUCGUCGUCGUCACUGUUCAUUAGUAGCACCCUCAUCCGAACGACCGUUUCGAACUUGUGAUCGCCACCAACAUAGGAACAAAGUAAGAUGACCCAUUUUCAUGCACUAAUUAACUAUCUAUAUUAUUCUCAAUCAUACUUUGGCUAAAUGGAACCCUUUAUAAAUAAGAGAGAAGAAAUAAGCGGGCGAAACGGAAGCUAUAUUCAUUCAAAAAGAAAGAUGUUUUUUUUAUAAUUUUAUUUUGAUCUAAAUAUAGAAAUUAGUGAGAUUUAA